AUGGAGCGCCACACGCAAGCCGUGGCCAAAAUCGCCACCGCCGUGCGCGGCCUCUUCGACAAAAAGGAGCCGUACCGCAUCUUCCACGGCUCGACCAACAGCACCCGGCCGCGCCCCCGGGCCGGCGCGCGCAUCGUCGACAUCAGCGCCCUGUGCAACGUCGUCGGCGUCGACCGCACCACGCGCACGGCCUUGGUAGAGCCCAACGUCCCCAUGGACCGGCUCGUCGAGUCCACCCUGCGCCACGGCCUCGUGCCCCCCGUCGUCAUGGAGUUCCCCGGCAUAACCGCCGGCGGUGGCUACGCCGGGACCGCCGGCGAGAGCAGCUCCUUCCGGCACGGCUUCUUCAGCGACACCGUCAACUGGGUCGAGAUGGUCCUCGGCAACGGCGACGUCGUGCGGGCCUCGAGGCACGAAAAGCCAGACCUGUUCCGCGGCGCGGCAGGAUCCGUCGGCACCCUCGGCACCACCACGCUCAUGGAGCUCCGGCUCGUCGAGGCGAAGAAGUACGUGCGCACGACCUACACGCGCACCCGGGGCGUGGCGGACGCCGUGGCCGCCGUGCGCGCGGCCACCCAGGCCCCCGACAACGACUACGUCGACGGCAUCCUCUUCUCCGCGGACCACGGCGCCGUCAUCACCGGCUCCAUGACGGACGAGAAGCCCGCCGACGCUGCCGUGCGCACCUUUAGCCGCGCCCGCGAUCCCUGGUUCUACAUGCACGUCAGGGACCGCACCGCGUCCCUCGCUCCCUCCUCCUCCUCCUCCUCCUCCUCCUCCUCCUCCGGCGCCGUCGUCGUCGACUACAUCCCCCUGGCGGAGUACCUGUUCCGCUACGACCGCGCCGGCUUCUGGGUCGGCGCCCAAGGCUGGACAUACUUCAAGUACGUCCCCUUCAACCGCUGGACGCGCUGGCUCCUCGACGACUUCAUGCACACGCGCAUGCUGUACCGCGCGCUCCACGCCUCGGGCGAGUCGGCCCGCUUCGUCGUCCAGGACCUCGGCCUCCCCUACGACCAGGCCGCCAAGUUCAUCGACUACGCCACCGACACCUUUGGCAUCUGGCCCCUCUGGCUCUGCCCCCUCAGGCAGACCCUCCCCCCGACCUUCCACCCGUACACGGGCGAGGCGGAAACCGCGGCCGACGGGUCCACCGUCCCCAAGGACAUCCUCAACGUCGGCCUCUGGGGAUGGGGCCCCGCCGACCACGACGACUUCGUCGCCAAGAACCGCGCCCUGGAAGACAAGCUGGUCCAGCUGGGCGGGCGCAAGUGGCUCUACGCGCACACGUACUACAGCCAGGACGAGUUUUGGACCGUGUACGGCGAGAACCGCCAGUGGUACGAGGCCCUGCGGGACAAGUACCACGCCACGACGCUGCCCUCGGUUCAUGACAAGGUCAGGAUCGAUCUCGACGCCGCGCGGGAGGAGCGUAAGCGUACAAGACAGUCGCUCAAGAGCAGGUGGCCCGUGGGAGGGCUGUAUGGCAUUUGGCAGGCCAUCAGAAGCAACGACCAUCACUUGCAUCGCCGUGCCGAGUGGAAGUACAAGGGCUGA